UGACAAAAACUAAAAAAUUAUCGAGUCCGACAAAGCACGUCUCCGACUUCUAACAACAAUAACCGCCAUACCAUCGUUUUGAAAAGGACGAAAUCAGCCUUGUGAACAAUAAAAGAGACGGCCUUUAAUCCUGGCAUUUUCGGACAUAUUUCGAUCUAAAGAAAAUCUUUAAACAACAAUGGCAUCCAAAUUGUUAGCAGCAGCGGCAGAGAAAAUCGGACCCGCCGCGAGACGGCAGGCGUUAACCUUAACAGACGCAGCGGCUUCUAGAAUACGCCAUCUCUUACAACAGCGCCAAAGGCCUUUUCUAAAGCUCGGCGUUAAAGCUCGCGGCUGUAAUGGCUUAUCCUACACCCUCAAUUACGCUGAUGAGAAAGCGAAAUUUGAUGAAUUGGUUGAAGAAAAAGGUGUAAAGAUACUGAUUGAUCCAAAAGCUCUCAUGCAUGUUAUUGGAACUAAGAUGGAUUUUGUUGAUGAUAAACUAAGGUCUGAGUUUGUAUUUAUAAAUCCAAACUCUAAAGGACAAUGCGGUUGCGGUGAAUCUUUCAUGACAACAUCGAGUGCUGGGGAUGCGGAGCAGCGCAGCAGCAGAUAAGACUUUUGGAUGAAUCGAGAAUUUAUAACUAACCAAAUGUUUCUUUUGGCGGCCAUGCAUUAAUGGAUUCCAUUGAAAGAUCACUCUACUAAGGGAUUCAACUCUGUUCUUUUCUGAAGACGAAAAUGAUUGUUUCUGUCAUUCACUUUAUAUGGCUACAACAUAAAUUACCAAAGUAAGCACAAUUUAUUUAAUCCUAAUUCUUUGUAAUAUGAGCAUCAUUACAUUGUUAAUAUGUAGAAAUAAUUGAAUAUUCAGUUCUUUAUGUUUAAUUCAGCAACAUUGUCCGUC